AUGGUGAAGUGCUUCGAGAGGCUUGUCUUGAGGCACAUCAAGACCCAACUACCACCUUUACUGGACCCCCUACAGUUUGCGUAUUGUCCAAACUACUUCAUACCAAGGCUGAGGAAAGCACAUCUCCCUCCCCCCAUCCUGACCACGUUUUACAGAGGGACUAUCGAGAGUACCCUGUGCAGCUGCAUCACUGUCUGGUUUGGGAACUGCACCAUCUCGGAUUGCAAGACCCUACAGAGGAUAGAGUUUUCUCUGGCUGCUUUGGCUGGGAUUAAAUGCCACUGUGGUUUCCCCACCACCCUCUUCAACCUGCACGAGCCUGAGGAAGAGGACCUGUGCCUUAAUCGCUGUGUAGCCAAGGACUUUGAGAGCUGUGGAAAUGACGAAUACUUUGUAGUUUACCAAACCCAAGUGCAAGACAAUCGAUGCAUGGACCGGCGCUUCCUGCCCACGCGUUCGAAAAGGCUAACUGCUUUAGCAAGCUUCCCUGGAGCCGGGAAUACUUGGGCCCGACACCUAAUCGAGUUGGCUACGGGAUACUAUACAGGGAGUUAUUACUUUGAUGGUUCACUAUACAACAAGGGUUUUAAAGGCGAGAGGGACCACUGGCGCAGUGGCAGGACAGUUUGCAUAAAGACACACGAGAGCGGAAGGAAAGAAAUCGACGCCUUCGACUCCAGCAUUCUGAUGAUCCGCAACCCCUACAAGGCCCUCAUGGCUGAAUUCAACCGCAAGUAUGGCGGCCAUAUCGGAUUCGCUUCUCAGGCUCACUGGAAAGGAAAAGAAUGGCCUGAGUUUGUAAAGAACUACGCACCAUGGUGGGCAUCACACACCCUCGACUGGCUCCAGUACGGUAAAAAUGUGCACCUGGUGCACUUUGAGGAGCUGAAGCAGGACCUAUUCAGUCAGCUAAAGCGCAUGGUUGCCAGAUAA